UUGAAGACGAGGGGAGGCAGAGGUUGGUCUGUGUUUGGGCUCUUGAAGACAUGGAGCAGAGGGAAGCCGAAGCAAGGCCAAUGCUGGACGGACCCUCGCUUGGAUUCUUCAAGUGCCACAUCAGAGAAAUGGGAGUUUUUCAAAGACCCAUAACGAGGAAUUGGUAACAGAGGGAAACGGAGAGAAGAGGAUCGCUGCCUUCUGAGAAGUGAACUAGCUUUCCGGGUAAUGAGCAAUGUGUGAACUUGUUAACCAGGCCUAUUUUCUUUGACCUUAAUUUAAACUGAGGAUUAGCCAUCUCAUCAGAGUUCUUGGUGAAAAGCCAAAGCUUGUUUUGCCUGGAGCAAACUCAAAAGAAGGAUUGGGAAGGAAAUCAGCUGCUCAUUCCCUCAGAGAAAGCUUUUGCGUAUUUCCUUUGGCAAGGAACUUGAAGCGAUUAAAAAGCUAAUUUAUUUGGACUGACUUCAAGAAAAGAAAAACACACCGCAUUUACAUUUAUUGCCGUAAUGGAUUUGGAUCAGUUCUAUAGCUCAACCCAGGAGCAUGCUGUUUAUCUACCUGGAUUCAACUCAUCAAAGGAUCCAAGAACUUAUUGAUAAUCUCCAUCUUCUCAGGCAAUGGAGCUUCGUAAAAGAGCUAAGCCGAGCAAGAUUCAUAAUUUAGGCCUGUCACAAGAUACAGCAGCUGAAGGGAGAUGCAGCAACUUGAUGUGGGGGACAGAAAGGUCUAAUGCCACCCAUGGGGGGGAUACAGGGGCGGUGUCUACGCUUGGAGGAUCCAGUACUUGUUCCGGUUCAGACAUUCUACCCCGGUGGCCUUGGCGACAGUAUGUUUCCAUGGCAGCAGGGCUGUUAUUGGCUGGGCUGCUGGCACUGACUCAGGCCUGGUGUGUCAACGCCAUACACGAGAAUCUGCUGUGGUUCUCUCAGCUCACGGAAGUGGAGCGGGAGAUCUCCUUUCGGACAGAGUGUGGACUGUACUACUCCUACUUCAAGCAAAUGUUGCAGGCCCCAUCCAUACAGCAAGGGCUCUCAGAUUUGAUCCAUGACAACUUGACAGAAUCCAAGAGGACCAUUAAUCUCCUACAGCGAAUGAAUAUCUAUCAAGAGGUCUUUCUCAGUGUUCUCUACAGAUUGUUGCCCAUACAGUCGUAUCUGGAGCCAGUGUAUUUCUACAUUUACACAGUGUUCUCGCUCCAAGCGGUGUAUGUGAUCGCUCUGUACCUCACAGCAUGGCUCCUGUCUGGCUCCUGGCUGGCUGGUACGCUCACCGGGGUCUGGUACAUCCUCAACAGGGUCGAUACCACCCGUGUGGAGUUCACCAUCUCCCUCAGAGAGAACUGGUCUUUGCCCUUCCUGGCGCUGCAGGUCACGGCUAUCACAUGUUACCUCAGGCCUCAGCUCACCGCCUUGCAGCAGAAGGUGAUGGUGUGGUUGAUGUAUGUGACGACAUUCUGUUUCUGUCUGACGUGGCAGUUCAACCAGUUCAUCCUGCUCGUUCAGGCUCUCAUCAUAUACACCCUCGACUGUGUGGACUUCUUAACAACUGCACAGGUGACCACUCUGUACCUUGUUCAAGUGAGCGGUCUGCUGAGUGUGUGGCUCCUCCAGUUCUGUAACUCCAUGAUACUGGGAUCACUAGUCCUGAGCUUCAUCGUCGCCGCGCUCUUCAUCAGACACUGGCAGUCCGGAUUGAAGACAGGAAGCCUGCUGGUUCGUCUGGGGAAGCUGCUUCUCCACAGCGCCGCGGUUCUCCUCCUCGCCUUCACCAUCAACUACCUGGCCAAGAAAGCACUUCAGCUGAGAUCAGACGAACACAUCUUUAAAUUCAUCAAGUCAAAGUUUGCCUUGGGUCCGACGAGGGAUUUCGAUGCCAGUCUGUAUCUGUGUGAGGAGGCCUUCGGCCCGCUGCCCCUCGACACGCUGGAGCGCCUGGCCGGCACGCUGCUGCUGUACCCCUACAUCCUCACGCUGCUGAUGCUCAGCGGCAUGUUGGCAGUGGCUGCACUGCAGAACAUCAGCAAACCUAAAGGCGGGUCAGCUGAGGAGAGGAAAGGAGCCGGGGAGGCGCGAGUGGUGGCCUUUCGUCCAGAUGUGGCCUAUAAUCUGCUGCAUACACUGUUCUACGGCCUCCUGGCUUUCAGCACUAUGAGGAUGAAGUACAUAUGGACUGGCCAUAUGUGUGCCGUCGCGGCCUAUGGCGUGUGUGGGACGGAGUUGUGGACUCUGCUUCUCAACACUCUCCGCUGCAACACUAAAGUUCUGUUAAGGCUUGUCAGAUAUGCAGUUCCACUGGCCGUGAUUGGUUGCCUAUAUUACAAGUUCUGGCCUAAGCUAAUGGAGGAGUUAUCAGAACUGAGGGAGUUUUAUGAUCCAGACACUGUGGAGCUCAUGACCUGGAUUAGCACAAAGACCCCUAAGCAGGCUGUAUUUGCAGGCAGCAUGCAGCUGCUGGCUGGCAUCAAGCUGUGCACAGGCAGAGUUCUCACCAACCAUCCCCAUUAUGAAGAUAAAGACCUGCGGGAGAGGACCAGACAGGUGUAUCAGGUUUAUGCUCGCCGCUCCCCGGAGGAAGUCUAUAGCAUCCUGAGGGCCGCCGGGGCCGACUACAUGGUGUUGGAAAACAGCAUCUGUUACGAGCGGAGGCACAGGCGAGGCUGCAGACUGCGGGACCUGCUUGACCUGGCCAACGGACAUAUCAUGGACGGACCGGGAGAGAACGACCCGGACCUCGUCCCCGCCUCCCACCCUCGAUUUUGUGAGGCCAUCAAGACGGACACGGCGGCUUACACCUCUCUGUUCACCAGAACGUUCCAGAACAAAACCUUCCACGUGUACCGGGUCAAGAAGAAACGCAAGAAAAGUGCCAAGAGCUCGUCGGAGCCCAGCGCGGCUCGGUAGUGAGAACAGAAAGAGGCCAGAGGGGAGAGAGGCGGAGGAGAGGAAGAGAUAAAAGCACUGAAUCCUCGCUGUUCCUCUGCCUCCUCUCUGCACUGUGCCCAGCUGUGAUCAUGCCCAUUAUUUUUUUAACACAUGGCUCUGUGAACUGUGGUGUGAGAGCAGUGGGCUGGUUCAGGCUUGGGGCUGCAUUGUUUUAGUUAGUGGAGUGUGGAAGCACCUGUAGGGGUCCUGCUUUGGGCUGUUCUGUCUCCACCCGCCCUUCUCCCAGCCCUCACUGGUGCAGAUGAGCAAACACAGAAACAACUAUUAGACCUCUCAGCGGGGCCCGGAACACCACAAGCAGCUACUAAUAAUUUAGUUUCAUUUGAAGUAGUCAGUGCCAUUUCUUCACAGCAUCAUGAAAUGAACAAUAUACUAUUCAUCGUUGCUUCCUAAUACUUAGAAUAUUUUGUUUUCUCUUUCAUACAGAGUAGGCUUGAGGUUCAGUAGCAUUUAUCAAAUCUGCUCAUCAUGUCAGAAUCCUUUAAUGCAGUGUAUUACACGUCUGCCAUUGAGCUCCUCUGUGCCAAACAACUAAAGAUUUGUUAAGACAUUUGUUCAGUUUAACAAAUCUUGGGAUUUUAACUAACUGAUCCAAAAUGGAGCUGGCUAUCGAACCCAACCCUAAUUCAGAGUUUUAUAAACUUUUAUGAGCAUAACAUGUUUUUGUUGCCCUGCAGAUCUGACGUAUCAGUUAUAAAGGGGAAAAAAGGUGGACAUGAGCAGACACGAGGGCUCAAAUGAUAACGUGCACACUGCCAGUGAGUUUUCAAUGUUCCAUAUUUGAACAGUGUUGAUUAAAACUCAAGCAAUGGUCUCUCUGUAAAUACCACAUGAAAUAAAACCAUGGAAGACGUCAAGUGGAUUAAAAAAUGUUCCGAAUGUUACUUUGACAAAACGGUUUUAAAUCAAGGUGGAUUCAAAACUUCAGUGGGUGACCUCAGCCGUCAUGAACGGACGGAGAUCUCAGCAGCUGGUAGAGCUCGGUCUCACCAGAGAGUGGCUCAGCAAAUCAAUCUGCAUGCCUUUGUGAAAUACUUGUUUGUAGAAGCUUUGUGCUUCUGGAGGAGCUAGUUGCUGAACUAGGCUACCUUAGCUGGCAACCUAACAACUAAUGCACCAGCUAGUAGCUCCCAGAGCAUCUCUCUGUGUUUUCUGUACUGUGCUGGGGCAUUUUGUUGGUGGGAUUGUGCAUAAUUUCAUUCAAUAAAGAGUGUUCUUAAAAAGAGAAAAAUAAGAUCAUCAACAAGCUUGCUUGGUUGCUAAUGGGACAAUUUCACAGUUUAUUCAAAAGAUGUAUUUGUAGCAUUGACUCCUGUUUCAUGACUGCAAAGCUUUUCUCUUUUGUGGAGCACUUCCUUUGUCUGCCCCUUCAUCUAAGUGGAUAAAUGAGCUUAAACAGAACUAGAUGGUACCACACAGCUAAUCAGCUGCAAUAGCUUCCACCGUUUUGAACUCUGCGGCUCUAAAUUCAUCCAAAGAUCAGCAUCGGCUCGCUAUUGGUUGCAAAUAUGUGGCUGAAAGUUCAACAGAGUUGAAGCUGAAAAAUUCACAUGGAUUAACUUCAUCCCUGCAAGCGAACCCACAGAUCAAGUCCAAUUUUGUGCAGCUUUCAUCCAUAUCACACAGUCUACUGACAGUGCUAUGGAUGGGAAAGAUCCAUGCCCAUGAGAACGGAGCAAACUAUAUCCCCCGGUGAAGACCAUGUGUUGAAAGCUCCAGAAAAAACAGUGGCUCUUGAGUUUGUUAGUUGUUGUUAAAACUUCGUCCCUGCUGGUCUUUUCCAAUUAUUAUUAUUUUUAAAUAGCACACCACUUGACUAAACCCUGACUGUGUGGUAGCGUCCUGUGUGUACUGGAGGUGUAUUUCAUGAAGACAGUCACAGCAGAGUCACUGUAGGGUGGGGGUCUUACUCAGUUGUGGUGUCUGUGGGGACAAGUCGGACCAUUAGCUUGACUCAGCCUGGUCUCAGAUCAGGUAGCACUCUUUAGCUAGGCACAUUUGGCUCUGCGGUAAUAGAUGUUAUCAAUUAGCCCUGAAAAGAAAAACAAAUAAUUCAGUUAGUUUCGAUUCCCACCCUGGUGGGAGGGGGUUCCACCGGGGCUUCAGUGGGUUUCUGCUGUAAAACUGAGGUCAAAGCUGCUACCAAGUGAUAUUUGUGACUGUGUUGUUGUUGUUGUUGUUGUUGUUGUGUUCGCUGUUGGCUCUGUGAUUCUCAGCAGCAGCAGCCUCAACCACCCCCCCCCCCUUCUUUCUCUCUCACACACACACACACACACAUACAUGAAUAAUGUAAGUGGCGAGGAAAUUGCAGCAGGGUGACAACGAUGCUGAUUCCCCGCCGCAAUCCAAAAUAGUUUGUGAGAGUGAGGGGGGCCAACACUUGCAUAUCAAACUGAGGCUUUGUGGUUGGAAAGGAAGGUGGGGAGAAGCAGGAGUGGGGAGGACAGAAAAGACUCAUGUUUAAACAGCAGCAGAGGAGAAAGGAGAGCGCAAGGAAAAAUGUAUUCACAAUGACCUGAACCUCUUCCUCAUCUUCCUCUUCUUCUUUUGAAAAGUGGGAAGGCAGAGGAGGGGAGGGGACUGAAAGGCUGGAGUUGGGUGUGUAAUUAUGGGUUGGCCAGUCAGACUUUCCUGCCACAAUGAGCCGUUAUGUGCGAACGACACACACACACACACACACUUUCCCUCGCCCCCUCACCCCCAGCCUGCCUAUAUUUGUACACUUGUUAAUAAGGACCUGUGUCUUUGAUAAUCCACACACUCGCAGAUGCAAGAACACUGUUGCGGGGCUUUUGAAAACAUGUUGCUUGUUAACUGCGCAGCCUCAUUGUAAUGCAUACCGGUCGGAUCAGUGCGGAACACCACCACCACCAACCCCCUCCCGCCUUCACACUGGAUGUUUAAUUUAGGAGAUGUCUGAUUGCUUUAUUUGAGAGCGAAGUGAUUCCAUUAUGUUUGCCUGAUAAGAGUGUACUAAUAUAUUUUUUUUCCAGCAUAAUUUCCAUACAUAUUGGGAUUAGUAGAUCAUGCGGAGGCGCGCCGUCUGCCUAUGGUUUUCUUAAUGAAAAGAAGACUUGAAAAAAGCAAUUGACUUGCACGCACAUAUAGAAUUCAGCUCAAUACUCCAUUUAGGCUCGUUUUUAAAGAACUAGCCGAUGUUGCUGAAACAAAUGUGGCCAUUUCAAUUCAUAUCUUUGCCUUGGAAAUGAAGUGGGGGGAGGGGAUCGGUCAGAUCAGAAUCUGUAUCUGUAUUCUUCAAAUUAAAACAAUUUCCUUCUACACAAAUCUAUUUUUCUCAUUUUGAACAUUUCUUACUUUGCAUCUUGCACCUUGGUUUUAUAUCUUUUUGAAUGUUUCUAAUGCUCCUAUAAAUUGUGGGAUCAAUAAUCAUUGGAACAUGGAAUUUUAAACCUUUGCGUGUAAAUAUGUCCCUGAACAGCCUCCGCUGUUAUGGAGGAGCACCUUCUGGAACCAGAUUGUAGGGACUUGUUCAGCCAUAAGAGCAUUAAUGAGGUGGGAUACUGAUGUAAGGUGAUCAACCCUGGCCAUUCAGAUCUACCCAAAUGGUGUUGGAUGGGGUUGAGGUCAGGGCUGUGCAGACCCACACCAUUUAAAAAGGCUGUAGAGCAGAAGUACACAGCAUGUGUAUUUUGGCCUUGAAGUGUACUCUGUCGGUCAUGUCUUUAUGGUUGUCAAUCAUGAUGUGAUUGGGCUCUAAAGAUUGAGUGAUGUUGGCUGGUUGGUUGUUUUUUUACCAUCGGGAUCUGAAACAUGCUAAAAAGGAAAAAGUGGGAGAGAAUCUGGGGUAAAUGCUGAAGCUUGGUUAAAAAUGCGGAUUUACCCAUCAUUUCAGUGUAGGAUCAUUUUGUUUGAAUGAACUGCAUUCUCUGGAAGCAUCUAAACAGAUGAUCCCACUGAGCCGGUGACAUGGAACUACAUUAAAUCCAUUUCUGAAUAUGAACUGUCCACAUGGAGCAAAUGGGUCUAAAUAAAAUGUGUGUGGCAACACUAUAUAUUGCACACAGAGGGGACUGACAGCCAACAUGUAGGUCACUCUUAAGUACACACUGAGGUAAAUGCAAGCAACUGAUGCUCCUUAAAGGCUACAUAAUUGCAGAAGAGAAGCUUAUGACCCUGAACAUCAUCUUCAGCACAAGUACCAUUUCCUCUGACCAAUAAGGACAUCUGUCAAUAGCGGAAACCAUCUGCUUCUGAGUUUGUUUGAAAGAGGAGAGCUGUGUUAUGCUCGUGAGUGCUUUUGGUCAUUUUUCUCCGUUUUCCAAGAAUCCACGGACAUGUUGCACAGCUGUGUUUUCUA